AUGGCCUAUAAGAUUACCAAUAUUUAUGUUAUCACCACGGUGGCCGUCAUCGGCGGUGCAUUGUUUGGUUUUGAUAUUGCUUCCAUGUCUGCCAUUCUCGGUACCCAGCAAUACAAAUGUUUCUUCAAUCAGACUGGUAUAAAAGAUGGCAAUUGCGGUGGCCCGACAUCUGCCAACCAGGGUGGCAUCUCAGCGGCAAUGCCUGGUGGAUCCUGGGUUGGAGCUCUCCUUUCAGGCUUCAUUACCGACUGGCUGGGUCGUCGUGGCGCAAUUCAAUCGGGCUCGGUAAUCUGGUGCAUUGGCAGUGCCAUCGUCUGUUCCUCGUUCAGCAUCGGGCAGCUCGUCGUUGGUCGUUUCAUCAACGGUUUAUCGGUCGGCAUUCUCAGUGCUCAGGUACCGGUAUACGUCGCCGAAUUGGCCCAGCCCAGCAAGCGUGGCCAGGUGGUAGGCGCGCAGCAGUGGGCGAUCACCUGGGGUAUCUUGAUCAUGUUUUACGUGUCCUAUGGCUGCAGCUUCAUCAAGGGACCCGCCGCUUGGCGAACCCCAUGGGGCCUGCAGAUGAUUCCCGCGGCUCUUCUCUUUUUCAUGGUCUUUCUCUUGCCAGAAAGCCCCCGUUGGUUGGCCAAGAAGGAUCGCUGGGAGGAGGCCCACGAAGUUCUCGCCUCGGUACACGCCAAAGGAGAUCGCAAUGCCCCCUUUGUUCAUACCGAGCUACAGGAGAUUCGUGAUAUGGUUGAGUUUGAGCGUCAAAACAAGGAUGCCUCCUACCUGGACCUUUUCAAGGGGAACAUGAUCUACCGGACCCACCUUGGUAUGUUCACGCAGAUUUGGUCGCAAUUGACGGGCAUGAACGUGAUGAUGCUGUACAUCACCUAUGUAUUCGGCAUGGCUGGUCUUACCGGAAAUUCCAACCUUGUCGCAUCCUCGAUCCAGUACGUGAUCAAUGUCGUCAUGACUAUUCUGGCGUUGGUUUUUAUCGACCGUUGGGGCCGCCGCACCCCACUCCUGGUCGGCUCUACUCUGAUGAUGACCUGGAUGUUUGCCAACGCUGGCAUUAUGGCGUCUUACGGUAAACCGGCCCCGCCAGGUGGCCUUCACAACGUCGCAGAGCAGUCGUGGGAUCUCAGUAGCUCGCCCAAAGCUGCAAAGGCAGUCAUCGCCUGUACCUAUCUUUUUGUCGCUAGUUUUGCACCAACUUGGGGUCCUGUCAGCUGGAUCUACCCCCCUGAGCUAUACCCUUUGCGCCUCCGUGGCAAGGCUGUGGCGCUGUCGACAUCUUCAAACUGGAUUUUCAACUUUGCCCUAUCCUAUUUCGUCCCCCCUGCCUUCGAGAACAUCCAAUGGAAGGUAUACCUAGUCUUCGGCGUCUUCUGCUUUGCUAUGACGGUCCAUGUCUUCUUUGCGUUCCCUGAAACCGCCGGAAAGACACUAGAGGAUGUCGAAACCAUGUUCACAACCCCGGGCCUCAAGCCCUGGAAGACCACUGUUCAAUUCCACCAUGUUCGGAAGCUAGAGCAAGGAGCAAUUCAGUCAGAGAAACUCGCCAAUCUCAACGCCGAGGAGGGGAAUGUUCAGGUUCCUAAGUCUGUGGCGAAAGAGACUUCAGUCUCCCAGAUUGAAUAG